CCUAAAACCCACCGCACAACACACUCUCACCGAGCCCUCUCCUCCCUCUCCUUCUCUUCCCAAUUCUUCGUCUCCUUCCCCGUACUCCGUACAAGACCAAGAUUUGAUUCCUCAUACAAAAACCCAAAACCAAACCCAAUUGCUCCCCUCUCUCUCUCCAUAUAUGUUUGCAUAUACAUAUAUAUACCAACAGUUUGUGAAUUUGUGUUCUUAGGUCUAUGUCAUCUUCAUCAGCGUUUAUCUACAAAUAAUCUACGAGACAGUGAAUAGUGUUAAUUUUAUCAUCUUCCCGGGAAAUUUGUUGUUAAACACAAGUAAUUAGCCCUAGAAUGGAGUUCGAACCAUUAGGCUUGGGGGGUGAGGUGAUUGAAUUCGACAUGAUAGGACUUGGAGAUGAUGCCGUUGAUAUUGAGCAUCAUCUCGUGGAUGAUGAUGAUGAAAAGAACCUCAUCGAAAGUUGUUACGGUGGUGAUGGUGGCGGUGUUGGUGAAAUUUAUAUUCCUGAAGGGGAUACUAAUCUUGAGCCUUAUGAGGGCAUGGAAUUUGAAUCGGAGGAGGCUGCUAAGGCUUUCUAUAAUUCUUAUGCUCGGCGGGUUGGGUUCAGCACCCGUGUCAGCAUGUCCAGGAGGUCCAGGCGUGACGGAGCCAUCAUUCAGAGAUCUUUCGUUUGUGCCAAAGAGGGGUUUCGUGUCGAGAAGGAGAAACCUGGGCGUGAGGCUGCCAGGGUUAAGCGGCCCCGAGCUGAGACUAGAGUGGGCUGCAAGGCCAUGUUAGUAGUUAAGAUUCAGGAUUCCGGUAGGUGGGUUGUUUCCGGAUUUGUCAAGGAGCAUAACCAUGAGCUUGUCCCGCCUGACAAGGUGCAUUGCCUCCGCUCUCACCGCCAUGUUUCUGGUGCAGCAAAGUCCUUGAUUGAUACUUUGCAGGGAGCUGGCAUUGGUCCCAGUGGCAUAAUGUCAGCUCUGAUUAAGGAAUAUGGUGGAAUUAGCAAUGUUGGGUUUACGGAGCGUGACUGUAGGAAUUAUAUGAGGAGCAGUAGGCAGAGGACUCUUGGAGGUGACACGCAGAUCCUAUUGGACUAUUUGAGGCACAAGCAUUCUGAGGACCCUUCAUUUUUCUAUGCUGUGCAGGGAGAUGAGGAUCAGUGCAUGAGCAAUAUCUUUUGGGCUGAUUCUAAGGCGAGAACCAACUAUACCUACUUUGGUGAUACAGUUACAUUUGACACCACUUACAGGUCGAACAGGUAUCGAUUGCCCUUUGCACCCUUCACAGGAGUGAACCAUCAUGGACAGCCUGUAUUGUUUGGUUGUGCCCUGUUGAUAAAUGAAUCAGAGGCAUCCUUUGUGUGGCUGUUUAGAGCGUGGCUCGAGGCAAUGUCUGGCAGGCCUCCAGUUUCGAUAACCACUGAUCAUGAUCGGGUAAUUCGUUUGGCCAUUACACAGGUCUUUCCCCAGACUCGUCACCGCUUUUGCAAGUGGCACAUCUUUAAAGAAUGCCAAGAGAAGUUGUCUCACAUUCUUUCUGAACAUUUGAAUUUUGAAUCAGAGCUCCAUAAAUGUGUAAACCUUACUGAAUCAACCGGGGAGUUUGAGUCUUGUUGGUUGUCCCUUAUUGAUAAAUAUGAUCUUGGGGAAAAUGAAUGGCUACAUACAAUUUAUGCUGAUCGCUGGCAGUGGGUCCCCGUAUACUUGAGGGAUACAUUCUUUGCUGAGAUGUCUAUAACACAACGUAGCGAUAGUAUGAACUCUUACUUUGAUGGAUACGUAAAUGCGUCAACGACUCUACAGUUGUUUGUGAAGCAUUACGAGAAGGCUCUGGAGAGUCGCUAUGAGAAAGAAGUUAAGGCAGAUUAUGAUACCAUGAACACUGCCCCAGUUCUAAAGACCCCUUCUCCCAUGGAGAAACAAGCAGCCGAGGCUUACACACGGAAACUUUUUAUGAAGUUUCAAGAAGAGUUGGUGGAGACACUUACUUUCUUGGCUACCAAAGUUCAGGAUGAGGAGGCAACCACCAUGUAUCAAGUUGCUAAAUUUGGGGAAAGUCAUAAAACUUAUUUUGUUAAAUUAAAUAUUAGAGAGAUGAAAGCAACUUGUAGCUGCCAGAUGUUUGAGUUUUCUGGCCUUCUAUGUAGACAUAUAUUAUCAGUCUUUAGAGUCACAAAUGUUCUUACUCUGCCAUUUUGCUACAUCUUAAAACGAUGGACAAGAAACGCCAAGAGUGGUGUCAUGUUGGAGGAACGUACCAGUGAUUUGUUGAAUAGUUGUCGAGAGUCUCUUACAGUUAGAUACAAUAAUCUUCGUCACGAGGCCCUCAAGUAUGUAGAUGAAGGUGUGAAUACUGCUGACAUUUACAAUGUGGCAAUGGAUGCUCUAAGAGAAGCCACAAAUAAAGUUGCUAAUGCAAAAAAGAAUGAUGGGAGAAUUGCUAAUGGCAAUGGGUCUAGCAAAGAAUACCGUGCCGCUCAUGAAAGUAAUGCAAAUGAUACUCAUGGGGCUCAUCAAUGGAGUGUGGAACAACCUCUAUCUACAGAUGACCAGGACCGUAAAAUACAGAAACUAUCCCGUCAGCUGGAACGUUCACAACGAAAAUGUGAAGUAUAUCGUGCCAACUUACUCUCAGUUUUGAAAGAUAUCGAGCAGCAGAAGCUACAGCUGACAGUUAAAGUUCAGAACAUCAAGUUAGGCAUGAAAGAGUAAUAAGCCUCUAAAUGAAAAUGAUUGUAUCGACUCUCGUUCUCUCUCCCUUUGCUUUUCCAAGGGUUCUCAAAGCUCCAGUCACUUGGGCAUUGAUGAGAAUUGUAAUUUGUUGGGUAUAAAUGAAAAAAAAAAUUAUUCCA